AUGUCUUCAGGAAUACAAGGCCAAGAAACAGAGGGCUACGGGCAAGAUAUCAUCAACGAGGAUGUGACAACAGCUCGCCACCAGCAGAACGACAUCUGGCAACUGAUCAACAGUCCCUCAAGAGGCAGGACACCCUCCAGAAGGUGUAUCAGCUGUGUUGAACCCUCUAACAAAGCCCGCAAUUGGUUCUCUUCUCCCGAUCGAUUCUUAGCCUCCCGAGCAGGAAGCACUGAGAGAGAGAGCGUUUUCCGUGCCAGCAAGUCACCACACAAUUUGAGUCCUCGCGAGAAACAUUCACGUCAGAGAGAUCCCAAUGCCGACCCAUUCCAUUUAACAAGCCCCUCGAGGUCAAGGGCCGCUAUUCGGAUCCGGCGCUCCUCCCCUGGUGGCAGACAACGACCUCCACAUUUCACUCCCUCCUUUGUUCACGGCCACGACGCAUCUCCUAGUCCGAUAGACGCUAAUCCGUCUCCCAACACCUCGAGACAAAUAAGCGCCGGAGCCGUGUGGAAUGUGGGUGGGCCAAGUAUUGCACAAGGAGGACCGCGCCCCAGUGUACACGAUGGCCAUGGUGGAUUGCUUGCUAGUGGCACGAAUAGUCCAAUACAUAUCGCCCAUUUCCUCGACAGGAACGACUCUAAUUGCGAUGUACAGCAGCAUGAAAAUCGCCUCGCUUUAGCACUUGACAUUGAUCAAGCAAGCCGUGUCCUUAACUCGAUAUCUAGACCGCCGUUGUUAGAGUCUGCUAUGAUUGACGCUCCGCAGCGUUUGCCCUUCACCUGGAAAAACAGCUCAUGGGCGCGAGAGGAGGGAUGUGAUCCUGGUCAGAAGAAACGCAGCAAGAGUCCCAUGCGAUCUAUCCCAACGCUCCCCUUCAGAGUGCUUGAUGCCCCACGCCUUCGUGAUGACUUCUAUUGUUCAACGCUCGCCUACUCCCAUACGUGCCGAACACUAGCUGUAGGGUUGAGCAGCAGGGUCUAUCUCUGGACCGAAGACCUAGGCGUGCGCUUCCCUCCCCUCGUCUCACAUCGACCGGGCAGCCAUGUGACAUGUCUUUCGUUCUCCUCGGAAGAGGGCAAGAAGGCUAUCCUGGCAGUUGGCCGACAGAGUGGUCUGGUAUCUUUUGUAAGUCCAGCGGGGGAUGGAAGAUCGAGACUUCAGGUGCAAAAGUCGAGUCCAGUAUCCUGUCUCGCUUUCAAACCAACCGUCAGCCUUAGACCUUCCCGCUUUCUUAGUGGUCUUAUAGCUGCGUGUGAAGAUUUACUGGUUGGCGACGAUGUUGGCGACCUGCAUUAUUAUUCAAUUGAGUGGUUGGAUGCCACGUCUCUGCCGAGCAUGCCUGAAGGGCUUGGACAAAUCGUCCAGCUUGCCAAAGUUGCUGCUCAUUCACAACAGAUUUGUGGCCUGGCUUGGUCGCCGGACGGAAGAUAUUUCGCGACAGGUGGCAAUGACAAUGGCGCUCUCUUCUUCGAGGUUGCCAAAGUCUUGCCGGACGAAGCUCCCGGCCAAGGGAGGUCACCAUUGCGGACGCAACCCCGAGCACUUGAUCCGUCAUCGCUUCCUUUUCGACCAAAUCAAGAGCCUGGGCCACAUCUCCCCUCACCACCGAUGAGCCCUGACAGACGGGACGUCAUUGGACAUAUUUCUCCCUUAGGGCGUGGCUCGAUCUCCCCUUCGCUGAUACCCGCUCACGUCACUAUCGAUCCUACACCUCGAACGCCUUCAGCUCCAGUCCUCCUAACAUCAACAACCAACCAAACCCAAACACCACCGGCCUCACCGACUCACCACCGUCCGCCUCCUCCUCAACCCCUAACCAACCGCCGCAUAAUCUCUCAACCCAGCCUAACGCAGCACUUCGCGUCCUCACCGCCACCCACCGCACGCCCGACCCCUCUAAACCCCCCGCCAGGCCUCCAAACUCACACGCUCCCGCACUCCGCCGCAGUCAAAGCGAUCGCGUUCGCACCCUGGCAACCCAGCCUCCUCGCCACGGGAGGCGGCAGCAACGACCGGCAGAUCCACUUCUUCCACACGGGCAGCGGCGCCACGCUGGCGCUCAUCAACGUCUUCGCGCAGGUGACCAGCCUGAUCUGGUCCAAGACCAAGCGCGAGCUCUGCGCGACCUUCGGCUACGCGCAGCCCGAACACGGCAUCCGCAUCGCCGUCUUCGCCUGGCCGAGCGGCGAAUGCGUCGUCAGCAUCCCCUGGGCCGCCAACACCAGUGCCAGGAACGCCGCGCAAGCGGAGGGCGCGCGCGUAAGUAAGCAGUAUAAAUAA